AUGAUUGAGAGCUACCAGCUUGCUCGCCUGGCAAAACCUCAUCACAAGGAACCCGCAGAUAUACAGUGGACUCCGCCAAACUUCCCGUGGUACAAGAUCAACACCGAUGCCACUGUCUUCGCCGUCUCCAAGUCUAUGGGAAUUGGUGUUGUGGUACGUGACCAUGAGGGGUCAGUUGUGGCAGCUCUAAGCAAGUGCAUGCCACUACCGUUGGGACCUCUUGAAGCCGAAGCAAAAGCCAUACAUGAAGCAGUCACUUUCGCCAAAUAUAUUGGACUCCAGGACGUCAUUUUUGAGAUAGACUCUGCCAUUCUUUCAACUGCCCUGAAUGAUAUCUCCAUGGCCCCAACCAGCAUUGACAACGUCAUACAAGACACUCAUCAUAGCUUGCAAGCUUUUCGAAGAACACAGAUACAACAUGUUAAGCGAAUUGGAAAUAAGUCGGCACACACUUUGGCCCAUCAUACCAAAGGAAUAGAUGACUUUGUUACUUGGAUUGAGGAAACUCCACCAUGUAUUGAACUUUCUGUUUUUCAGGAUGCUCUAUCUGUUUAG